CCUUACGUCAACCUCACACUUCCUCCCUAGAAAAAGACAAGUCUGGUGAGAAAAGCCUUCUUCUACGACAUUCUCUCACCAGUCACCUCUAUUCCUUCACCUUUUAAGUUUGCCUAGCGAUUCGAUUCACCCUACACGCCGCUGCACAGAGAGAACCCAUCGGGAAAUGGGGAAGCAGACGGCGUUGAUCUACGCGUUCGUGGCGCGUGGGAGCGUGAUACUGGCCGAACACACCGACUUCAGCGGUAACUUCAACGCCAUAGCUCUUCAAUGCCUCCAGAAGCUUCCGGCAUCCAACAACAAGUUCACCUAUAGCUGCGAUGGUCACACCUUCAACUACCUUGUGGAUAACGGCUUCACUUAUUGUGUUGUUGCUGAAGAAUCAGUUGGACGACAGAUCCCUAUGGCAUAUCUGGAGCGUAUUAAGGAUGAUUUUGUUGGAAAAUACGGUGGUGGAAAGGCUAGCACUGCCACCCAUAAUAGUCUCAACAAGGAAUUUGGGUCAAAGUUGAAGGAGCAUAUGAUAUACUGCGUUGAGCAUUCCGAUGAGAUAAGCAAAAUUGCGAAGGUUAAAGCACAGGUUUCUGAAGUCAAAGGUGUCAUGAUGGAAAAUAUUGACAAGGUUCUAGACCGUGGGGAAAAGAUAGAGCUUCUUGUGAACAAGACUGAGAAUCUUCAUCAGCAGGCACAAGAUUUCAGGAACACUGGCACAAAAAUCCGGAGAAAAAUGUGGUUGCAGAACAUGAAGGUGAAGCUGAUAGUACUGGG